AUGGUGCUAAUCAAGAUGAAGGAAGUCGCCGAGUCCUUCCUCGGCCAAACCAUCCAAAACGCCGUCGUUACGGUCCCGGCGUACUUCAACGACUCCCAGAGACAGGCCACGAAGGACGCCGGAUCGAUUUCCGGGCUAAACGUUUUACGGAUCAUCAACGAGCCGACUGCUGCAGCCAUCGCCUACGGUCUAGACAAGAAGGGCACGAAGGCCGGUGAGAGGAACGUCUUGAUUUUCGAUCUCGGCGGCGGGACGUUCGAUGUUUCGCUGCUGACGAUUGAAGAAGGUGUCUUUGAAGUGAAAGCAACCGCCGGAGAUACUCACCUCGGUGGUGAAGACUUUGACAACAGGCUCGUGAACCAUUUCGUUGCGGAGUUCCGGAGGAAACACAAGAAGGACAUUAGCGGGAACGCGAGAGCGCUCAGGAGGCUGAGAACAGCUUGCGAGAGAGCGAAGAGGACGCUUUCUUCCACAGCUCAGACGACUAUUGAGAUCGAUUCUCUCCACGAAGGUGUCGACUUCUACGCGACGAUCUCGCGUGCGAGGUUUGAGGAGAUGAACAUGGAUCUGUUCAGGAAGUGUAUGGAUCCUGUGGAGAAGGUUCUUAGAGACUCCAAGAUCGAUAAGAGCAGUGUGCACGAGGUGGUUCUUGUUGGAGGUUCGACGAGGAUUCCGAAAAUCCAGCAGCUUUUGCAGGAUUUCUUCAACGGGAAGGAGCUCUGUAAAAGCAUCAACCCUGACGAAGCUGUUGCGUAUGGAGCUGCGGUGCAAGCCGCGAUUCUCACUGGUGAAGGAAGCGAUAAGGUGCAAGAUCUUCUGCUUCUUGAUGUGGCGCCUCUAAGCCUUGGGAUUGAGACGGCCGGUGGGGUCAUGACUGUGUUGAUCCCGAGGAACACGACGGUGCCUUGCAAGAAGGAGCAGGUCUUCUCUACUUAUGCUGACAAUCAGCCAGGAGUUUUGAUCCAAGUCUAUGAAGGAGAACGUGCGAGGACCAAGGACAACAAUCUUCUCGGGACGUUCGAGCUCAAGGGCAUUCCUCCUGCGCCACGUGGAGUUCCUCAAGUCAACGUUUGCUUUGACAUUGACGCGAACGGGAUCUUGAACGUGUCGGCGGAGGAUAAGACCGCUGGUGUGAAGAAUCAGAUCACGAUCACCAACGAUAAAGGGAGGUUGAGUAAAGAGGAGAUAGAGAAGAUGGUUCAAGAUGCUGAGAAGUAUAAGGCUGAGGAUGAGCAGGUGAAGAAGAAAGUGGAGGCCAAGAACUCGCUGGAGAAUUAUGCUUACAACAUGAGGAACACGAUCAAGGAUGAGAAACUCGCGGGGAAGUUGGAUCAAGAUGAUAAGCAGAAGAUUGAGAAGGCCAUUGAUGAGACAAUCGAAUGGAUUGAAGGGAACCAGCUGGCUGAAGUUGAUGAGUUUGAGUAUAGGUUGAAAGAGUUGGAAGGCAUUUGCAACCCAAUCAUCUCAAAGAUGUAUCAGGGUGGUGCUAGUGCCGGAGCUCCUAAUGGAGGUAUGCCUACUGAUGGUGGCUCAGGUAGCUCCGGUGGUGCUGGUGGUCCAAAGAUAGAAGAGGUUGAUUAG